GAAGGAAGAAAACUUCCUGACUGCGAGCGAAAUUGCUAAAUACACCAAUUUGUUAUUGUUCGAUCGCAAUCAUCUUCUCAUUAACGGAAAGGUCGAAUUUUCCGAUCACUGGAUUUUUCCCGGUUUAAUCGGGGAAUCCAGUCGAUUAGGUUUUCUCCAGUGUAGCAUUCUGGAUAUCACUCGAUGACUUGUCCGGAGGACGAGAAGGCGGUUCUUGAGCUGCAAGUGAGAGUCGAAGAAGACGAAAUCGAGAAAGGGCUUUUCGUGAAGCUGAGUGAGGGUUUAGAGAAUGGUCAAGAAUCAGAGCAGGAUAAAGAAGAAAGAGAAGAGAUUGGUUCGUCGCCGUUUUGGUUCUGGGUUAAGCUUGCUCUUCUGUUAGUCUUUCUGGCUGCCUUGGCCGUCGUUGGUUUCAAAUGGAUCGGUCCAUUAAUCAUGGAUAAGGAGCUUAUCCCGAUUAUUAAAUGGGAGAUCAGGACAUUUACACAUCCUGUGUGCGGUCUUCUUGUCUUUGCAUCCGUGGCUAUAUUCCCGACAAUACUUCUUCCAUCUACACCAUCAAUGUGGAUUGCUGGGAUGACUUUUGGUUAUGGCUAUGGGUUUCUACUAAUUAUUUCAGCUGUAGCUGUUGGUGUAUCACUUCCUUACUUCAUUGGUCAUCUCUUCCGCCACAAAAUUCAAGGAUGGCUAGAAAGAUAUCCUGGUCAAGCAGUCGUAUUAAGAGCUGCUGGUGAAGGGAAUUGGUUUCACCAGUUUCGAGCAGUAACCUUAAUCCGGGUCUCUCCAUUCCCUUACAUUCUUUAUAACUACUGUUCUGUAGCAACUCGUGUUAAGUACGGUCCUUACAUCACGGGCUCUCUCUUAGGCAUGGUGCCUGAGGUUUUUGUCGCAAUCUAUACAGGGAAUCUUGUGAAGACAUUAGCAGAAGCAUCUUCUGCAGAAAAACACGGUCUCUCGGUUACACAGGUUAUUCUCAACAUUCUCGGCUUUUUAGUAACUGUAGCUACGACGAUUCUCAUCACCAAGUAUGCGAAAAGACAGCUGGAGACGAUGAGGAAAGAGGAGGAAGCAUUGUUGCAGUAAACCGACGUGACAAACUCUGAGCUGCUUUUGUCUCUCUUGUCUCACUCCUUACACAAGUUCAGGUCUGCUCCAAGAUGUGAAAGAGCUUCUGUUUUUUUGUUUCCUUGUUCUUCAUCUUUUUAUUAAAUAGCUUUGAAGAAAAAAGAAAAAUAUGGUUAACAAGUAUGAAACAGAAGAAAAAAGUUAACAAUUAUUAACAAGUAAUUUAAUUUGCUUUUUUUUCUUGUUGUAUUAAUUUUGAUGUUUUAUAUGAAUGCAAAAUAUUGUUCUGAUUUGUAAUGUUAUUGGGAAAUGC